ACACUGCAAGUUCCUCCACUUUUGUUAUGUGCACCGGCAUUACCAGUACAGGGCACUACCCUUCAGCCUUUCUUCGGCUCCUCGGGUAUUUACCAAAAUAUUGGCAGUGAUAGCAGCCCAUCUCAGAUUGGUGCCGGUGCAUGUACAAUGUUACCUGGAUGAUAUAAUAAUUCUAUCCAGAUCCUUCCAUUCCGCCCAAUCAGACCUACAGACCACGAUAGAGACACUGCAGGAACACGGAUUCUCGAUAAAUUUCAAAAAGAGUCACAUAGUUCCUUCCACUUGAAUCCUUCACCUAGGGACUAUAAUAGAUUCCGUCCUGUGCAAGGUUUAUCUCUCUCAGGAACGCAAGGACAGCAUCAGGUCGCUUGUCCACAGGAUCCGGAAAGAGAAGGUAGUCUUCCUUGUCCAGUUGUCUCAGAUGCUGGGCAAGAUGGUGUCCUUCCUGGGCAUUGUUCCAUGGGCCAGACUGCACUCCAGGGACCUCCAGUGGUUCCUCCUACCCUUCCAGAGACAGAACAUGAGUGUCUCAACAAGGAAGGUGAGAGUGCCACACCACAUCCUGUCGUCCCUCCUGUGGUGGACGUCGUCGGCAUUGAACAGGGGGUCCCUAUUCAAGGAACCUCCCAGACUCAAGCUGACCACGGACGCCAGCCUAUUCGGCUGGGGGGCACAUCUCCCAACUCACAUGACACAAGGUCGAUGGUCAUAGUCAGAUCUCUCACACAAUAUAAAUUGGCUAGAGUUGAGAGCAAUACACCUAGCCCUCCGUCACUUUUCCGAACUUGUGGCGGGGAAACAUGUCCUGAUAAUGACGGACAACGUAGCAGCCAAGGCACAUGUAAACAGACAGGGAGGGACCCGGUCAUGGUCCCUUAUGCAGGAGGCACUGGAUCUGGGGCUGUGGGCAGAGUCCAUCCUGGAGUCCAUCUAUGUGGAGAACAUAUCAGAAGAGGCGAAUCAGCAAGCCAAUUCACUGAGCAGAGCGACAGUCGAUCACUCAGAGUGGAGACUGGACCUGGUUCUGUUCCUGGAAAUUUCGAGGCAGUUCGGACAACUGCAGGUGGAUUUGUUUGCUUUGGAGGCAAAUUCCCAUCUCCCAAGGUACUUCACCAGGUUCUGGUCGCCGGGGGCGGAGGGAACGGAUGCCCUCCACAGCAGGUGGCCAAAGGAACUGCUUUACGCCUUUCCUCCACUUCCACUCAUUCAGGCUACCAUCCGCAAGCUCCUUCUGGAACAGGCAGAAGUAAUCUUGGUGGUUCCACACUGGCCAAGAUGGCGAUGGUUUGCAGACCUCAUGGACUUGUCGCUGUCUCCUCCGUGGAGGAUUCCGCCGAGCCGCAUAGCACUCAGUCGGGAAUCUCCAACAUCCAGAUCCCCAGUGGCUUCAACUAGCCACUUGGCACGUGAGUGGGAGAGUUUAGUCAGACAGUCAUAUUCAUCUGAGAUCAUAUCCAUGAUACAAGCCUCAAGGAGACGCUCCACUAAUAGGAUUUAUGACGCCACGUGGAGGAAUUUUUGCCAAUGGUAUAUCACCAAGAAUCUUAGACCUUUAAGGGUGUCUAUUCCCGACAUCUUAGAAUACCUUUUGGAAGGGUUGAAUAAGGGUCUUUCGCAUAGUACUAUACGCAGGCAAAUUGCGGCCCUGUCAACAGUCCUCAUGUGCGACAACCUCCAUUCUCUGUCUCAACACCCAGCAGUUGCCGCUUUCCUAAAGGGCGCAAUUAACACUAGACCUCCCACGGUGCACCGAUAUCCUUCAUGGGAUUUACCAAAGGUGUUACAAGCUCUCUCGAUGUCACCGUUCGAGCCCUUAGGGUCUUGUUCACUUUAUUUCCUCUCUUUGAAGGUUGCCUUUCUGGUAGCCAUCACGUCAGCCAGGCGUAUCUCAGAACUGGCUGGUCUCUCGAUCAGAAGUGAUCUGUGUAUGUUUCUGGAUGACAGAGUGGUCUUUCGAUUGGACCCUUUCGUUCCAAAAGUCAAUACUUGAUUCCAUAGGUCUCAAGACUUGGUCCUACCUAAUUUUUGCCCAAAUCCAACCCAUCGUCUGGAAAGACAAUGGCAUAAAUUGGACGUGCAGAGGGCCCUGCGACAUUACGUCAAGAGGACUGCUGCCUUUCGCAAAUCAGAGGCUCUGUUUGUGUCCUUCCAAUCCUCUUCCAUGGGAAAGAAGGUUUCUUCCUCUACCAUAGGGAGGUGGAUUAGGGCAUGUAUUUCUCACACGUAUAGAUCUCAAUCCCUGCCUAUACCGAAACAUAUCACAGCCCAUUCCACACGCAGCGCGGCCACAUCAGCCGCCUGGUCUACACAGGCUUCGGUUGAAGAAAUUUAUAGGGCAGCAACUUGGUCUUCUGCCUCUUCAUUUAUAAGGCAUUACAAGCUCAAUAGAUUUGCUGCUGCAGAAGCCUCAUUUGGCAGAAGGGUAUUGCAGCAGGUCGUCUCUUCCCAGGGGACACACGCCUAGACUGUCCCUCCCAGCAGGGACAUGGGUGGCUUUGGUAUGUCCCACCGGUGGAUGCUACAUCUGCAUGCUGGAGAAUGGGUGUUGUCUUACCUGAACGCCUUUUCUCAGCAUGUAGAUGUAGCAUCCACACCCACCCCUUAACAGUCAAUCUAGGCAGGUGUGAUUGCAGGAGGAACUAUUUCGUCUGAUUUGCUUCUCCUCGUUAAAACUGGGCAAGGACCGUCCCAAGGAAGCGUGGCUGAACUUUGAACUUAGUCUCUGAGCAGGAAGGCUGAAAUAACCCACCGUUGGAUUCUACAUCUACACGCUGAGAAAAGGCAUUCAGAUGAAUGGGCACAUCGGAUAAACAGAUGUACUGAAUAAUUAAAUAUGCUAGGAGGCCACAGGUUUUAUCUUCAUACCACAUGCAUUUGGGUGUGUAUUUGUAAUUUAUGCAUACUUGUUUACAUCUGCACAGGCACAUCUGUGUGAGCAGGAACUCUGCAUUUUUUUCCCAUAUUAAUCUGAGUUAGUAAUACCAAGAAAAAAAAUUCCAUCUCUUUAUUUGAUGAAGUAUUUCUUAAAAUUCUUAGGAGUCAGAUAUGUUAUAGUUGCAUGUACUAACAAUGAGAUGCAUGUGACCAUCAUGCCUUUCAUUCUAUAAUCAUCUUUUCUUACCCUGCAGCCUCCCUGGCUUUCCAUUCAUUCGUCAACUUUCAAAUAAAGAUAUAUUAAAAAAAUCCUUGUUGUGAAAGAUUGCAGUUCUAAAAAUAUGGGCAGCUAGAGAGACUUCAGAAAGAGCAAAAUAUAUGUGUCUGUAGGUCUAGGAAGAAUAAGUAGUACACCAUCUGCAGCACGAGUGUCAAACUCGCCGUGUCACGUCACCUGUUGUGACAUAUCGUAACUUUUUUCGCAUUGCCAGAGCUCGGAUGGUCGCGGCCUCCGCAUCAUGCAACUGGCCCGCGGCCUGGCAGUAUGACACCCUGAUCUGCAGCAUUAUAAUCCAACAGCAUUAGACUCAAAAACCCCAAGAGAAAUUGGAAAGAACAUUGGUGUACCACAGCUUUUUAUUUUCAACCAUCAACUAGUGUAAGGAUAUUUUGUAAAAGAAGAUGACAAAAGAAAAUAAUAUGGUUAAAAAUUGGCCAGAUCAGGCUGGGGACUGUGGUAAAAAAUAUUCCAUAAAGAACUUUCUCAUUCAUUCCUAUAGAAAAGGCAAUUGGGCAGCUGCUCAGAAAGUUGUGAUCCUCCAUUCUAAGCUCUACCUUCCUCUUCCUUCUUAGUAUUUCAGUCAGAGCAGAAUAAGCAUUAAGAAUUAAACUGAGAGCCACUUUGGUGUAGUAAUUAAAGUGCUGACCUAGAAAUCAAGACAGUCUGAGUUUUAGUCUUGCCUUAGGCAUGAAAGCAAGCUGAGUGACUUUGGGUCAAUCACUCUCUCUGCUCACCUUACCUCACAGGAUUGUUAUUGUGGGGAAAGUGUUAAGACUGUAUGCUAAGAAUGAACAAUACAUUUACUCACUGAUCCACUUGACACAGAUUUACACUGAGGACAUUGGGAUAUCAUUUGGACUGGAGAAGUGUGGCCAGAUAGUAGUUAAAUACCUUAGUAUCCCAUAGACACAUAGAAACCACAAUGAGGAGAUAAGAUAGCAACAUUCAAGUACCAACUAAAGAUAAGAUAUGUCCUGAAGAGCCAGCUCAAUGAGAAGAACAAGAUAUAUGCCAUUAACAUGUAUGUCCUGCCAGUCAUCAAAUACUCUGCUGGAAUAGUGAGCUAGCCAAAAAAGGAUGUGGAAGUUGCUAAUAUAAAGGCCCGGAAGCUCAUCACGGUGUAGGGAGCUUUCACCCCAGGUCCAAUACCCAGAAACUACACCAGCUGGAAAUGGGGUGGGCAGGGUCUGGUAAAUGUUAAAACCACUGUCCUGAAUAAAACUCAGAGUAUCUAAGAGUACAUAAAUAAGAUGAUACUCAAAAAUGAGUUGCUGAGAGAAUGCCUGAAGCAGCAGCAGACAUGGGAAGGCAAAACCCUGAAUGAGAGAUACCAUUAACAGAUAGCCAGUGUCUGGAAAAGGGUGGACUAAACUAAAAGACAGCACUUAGGCACUGAUCAUAGCAAUAUAAGAACAAGUACUAAGCACCAAAUCCAUAGAAACAUGGGUCUACCAUACUAGAGAGGAUCCAAGGUGCAGAUUCUGUAGAGAGGUCUCAAAGGCAAUCCAGAUCAUAGUGAUAGGGCAUAAGAUGCAGGGAUGAGCGGCAUACACUGAACAGCACAGCCAGGUAGCUGGCAUUUUGCACAGGAACAUCACAGUAUGUGUGUCACAUUAUCCCAAGUCCAGAUGGGAGAUUCUAUAGAAGAUAGUGAAGAACAGUGACUACAAUCUGUGUGACUUCCAGAUCUAGAUAGACCAGAUAAGCAACCAAUCAGACAUCGUGAUAGUAGACAAGGAUCAAAAGACUGCAGUGAUGUAGCUGUGCCAAGUGACAGGAACAUCAGGUGUAUCGGAACCUGAAGAAGUACCAGGGUCUGAAAGAGGAAUUAGAGGUUAAGUAGAAAGUAAAGCCAAAGUAUACCCAGUGGAGGUAGGAGCACUUGAGGCUAUGGCUGUUAACUUGAAGGAGUGGCUCCAACAGAUCCCAGGAACAAUAUUGGAACUCUCUACAGAAGAGUACAGCUAAGAUAUUGUAUAGAACCCCCAAAUUGCCCUGCCUCUGGAAGAGUUUACCUGAUAUUGAGGUAAUGGUUGUGAAGGGAAUUUUUAUUUACACAUACACACACACCUUCUCUUUAAUCUUACUUUUGAUUUCAGUGAAGCAGUGAAGCACCCAGAUUGAAUCUCAACCCAACCACUGUCCUUAAAAGAGUGCAUAUACCACUGUAGAUGUAUUACUUCUGUUAUCAGGUUCAUUAAAAAAUAUUAUAUAAAGAAGCAGAAUUAUGCAUCUGAGUCACUGAGUUGUAUGCAUACCAGCAUGGUGCUUCCAAAAAUAGGCUGGAUGUGAUCAAUAGCAACGUGAAGCAAAAAAGAAAAGGCAGACUGAUUUACAGGUCUGUUGGAUAUGAUUCCACAUCAU